AUGAUCACGAUGAUGGAUCAUGUACAAAUAGAGCAAAUAUGUCGAAUAGUCGGUUCUUUCUUCCUUCAUAUUCAGAAUAAGGAUGAUUCACUUUGUUCCCAAAUAGUUCACAAUAAAUUCGUAGAAUUUAUAUUUAAUCGAAGAUGGGCAUUAAAGAAACAUUGA